AUGCUACAUUUAAAAGUGCAGUUUUUGGAUGAUUCCCAGAAGAUUUUUGUGGUUGAUCAAAAGUCAUCCGGGAAGGCGCUGUUUAACCUGAGUUGCAGCCAUCUAAAUCUUGCUGAAAAGGAAUAUUUUGGAUUAGAAUUCUGUAGCCAUUCUGGAAAUAAUGUCUGGUUGGAACUUCUGAAGUCCAUUACGAAGCAAGUAAAAAAUCCUAAGGAGGUUGUUUUCAAAUUUAUGGUGAAAUUUUUCCCAGUGGACCCUGGACAUCUGCGAGAAGAGCUUACAAGGUAUCUUUUUACUCUUCAAAUAAAGAAGGAUUUGGCUCUGGGAAGGCUUCCAUGCAGUGACAACUGUACAGCGUUGAUGAUCUCUCACAUCUUACAAUCAGAACUGGGAGACUUUCAUGAAGAAACAGAUAGGAAAUAUUUGGCACAAACCCGGUACUUACCGAACCAAGACGAUUUAGAGAGCAAGAUCGUACAGUUCCAUCAGAAGCACAUUGGCAAGAGCCCAGCUGAAUCUGACAUUCUGCUACUGGACAUAGCGAGGAAGCUGGACAUGUACGGCAUCAGGCCGCACCCUGCCAGUGAUGGUGAAGGGAUGCAGAUCCAACUGGCUGUUGCUCACAUGGGCGUACUGGUGUUACGGGGAAAUACAAAGAUCAAUACUUUCAACUGGGCUAAAAUCCGCAAGUUGAGUUUUAAGAGAAAACAUUUUCUCAUCAAACUUCAUGCCAACAUCUUGGUGUUGUGCAAGGAUACCUUGGAGUUCACCAUGGCCAGCCGAGAUGCCUGCAAGGCUUUCUGGAAGACUUGUGUGGAGUACCAUGCUUUCUUCAGACUUUCUGAAGAGCCCAAAUCAAAGCCCAAAACCCUACUCUGCAGCAAGGGUUCCAGUUUCCGCUACAGCGGAAGAACCCAAAGGCAACUUUUGGAAUAUGGGAAAAAGGGGAGGUUGAAGAGCUUGCCAUUUGAAAGGAAACAUUACCCAUCGCAGUACCAUGAACGACAGUGCAGGUCCUCACCAGACCUCCUCUCCGAUGUGUCAAAACAAGUGGAAGACUUGAGACUAGCCUAUGGCAGCGGGUACUCCCGAAAUGUGAAUGGAGUGCACGCCUCUGAGCCUGUGCUGGACAGCAGGAGGAGAAAGUCUGCCGUGGAGGUGACGUUUGCAGCCGAGCUGGAGCAUUCCAAACCAGAGGCAGAUCCCACAUCACUACAUCAGUCCCAGAGCAGUUCCUCGUUCCCUUUUAUUUAUACAGACCCUGUCUUUACCACUGACCCCGAUCCUGACUACUUUGAGGAAAGGAAUCCUCUAAGCUCCUUCCAAACAAGCUGGAAGUUUGCUGACAAUCACACGAGCACAUCUUCUGGCCUUACAAGCAAAGUGAGUCCAGCAAGGCAGCUAACUUACACAGAUGUGCCCUAUAUUCCUUGUACUGGUCAGCAGGUUGAUAUUAUGCCUCCCCAAGUCUUCUUUUAUGUGGACAGACCACCCCAGGUGCCCAGACAGUCUCCAAUCACGGCAGAGGAAAGGGAAAGGCCAGACAGCUGUCUACAGCCUACCGCAAUGAAGCCAGCCAAAAGAAGCCCAGGGAACCUCAGAAUGCAGAGCUUUCAGCAAGACUUCCAAGAACUCCAAGAAGCUAUGGCCCAAACUACUGGCUGGAGCACCCUCAGUGUAGAUCUAGAAGAGGAAGAUCCAAAUUUAGAAGAUGCAUUUGCAUAUAACAUUCAAGAGCCAACCCCUAAACGGUCCCAGAGCCAAUCAGACAUGAAAACGAUCCGUUUUCCUUUUGGAUCAGAAUUUAGACCUUUAGGGCCUUGUCCUGCUCUGAGUCGUAAAGCUGACCUGUUUACAUAUAUGUUUGCAGAGCAGGAGUUUCCAACAGUUUUAAUGGAUCAGGGAGCAACAGAAGGGUAUGUAGCUAGUGAAUCCAGUGAUUCUGAAUCAGAGAUUCUUAAACCAGACUACUACUCUUUGUAUGACAAAGGAAUAAGUUCACCCAUGGCCAGAAUCCGCUUGUCUUCUGGUAGUCUACAGCUAGAUGAAGAAGAUGAAGAUGUUUCUUUCAAUACAUCAAGUGCUGAAGAUAGGACUUUGUGAAAAGCAUGUAAUUACUUUUUAGCUUAAAAUGUGAACCCUAUGAACAUUUCCAGGCCAAUUCCAUGUUACUAACUUAGGUGAAACAUAAGGAACCUUCUGCAAAAACCACUUUCUUUGUUACUAUUCAUUGGUAUUAAGGGACUCUUCUAAGCUUAGGCACUUAGCUUAUGAAAGAUCCAGCUCUGCCCCAUUCCUCAAGCCUCACUCCUCUAUCCCCUCUGAAUCAUUCUGGAACAUGCCCUUUCCUCACCAGCCCCGUAGCAGAGUGAGGUGGGUAUUUGUCAUCUCCAUUAUACAUUUCCCCAAAGAGACAUUAUAAACGAAGGUCAGGCUCUUCAACACCGAAGAACAGUGACAGUAUGGAUUGACCUAUAGAAUUGGCUCCUGAUAUCAUUUAGCGACUUAGUAGACUGUGACUGUGUUGGUCAUUUUGUUCUUAAACAAUACUACAACUAAAGGUUUCAGUCCUCAUUAUUCGUGUGGGACCCAGUAAAAAAUGGCCCUGUUUUAUGUUAAAGACUUCAAUUUUUAUAACAUAUGUUAGGGGGAGCAUGGCUCUCCUAUAUUUCAGGAACAAGAAGGAACAUAGAUCCUCUCAACAGAACACCAGUUUAUAAUUAAUCUAGGACUUCGCAGAAUUCUAAACCUCGGAAGUUCAGGAAUUGAUCAAUUUCUAAAGCCAGACAUCUGCCUGAUGGGGAUAAUAUGAUGUUUGACUUAUUCUCUAUUCUUAACUAGCUGUAAUAUGUAGUGAAAGAUAAAAGUUAACAUGUUGGUCUGUUUAUGUGAUCUCUCCUGCAAGCAUUUUUUUUUGCCAUAUCUUGUUGCGUGCAUGUAGGCAAGGAAAUGAGAUGAAUAGCAUUUUAAUAAAGAG